AUGUCCUCAAGGGAAAGAAAAAUUGCCGUUGAUUUGGCCAUUGAAAUAGUUGGAAGGUGGAAAGAGACGUACCAAUGGAUACCCAUUUUCGGAGCUUUUGCGGCCAUUGCCAUGGCAUUUUCUGCCGGUGCAAAUAAUCUCACAGCUCCGUUUUCAACAUCAGUAGGAUCAGGAGCAUUGACUCUCCUAAAGGCCUCAGCAAUGGCUUGCCUAAUCUAUGUUCCGGGAGCAGCCUUGACAAGCAAGAGCACUGCUGAUUCUUUGUUUUCUGAUUUUCUCAAAGAAAGUAAACCAGAUGCAGGAUUUUUUAUGUGGAGCCUGGUAGUUGCUCUAAUAACUGCAGCAAUCUGGCUUGCAGUUGCAACAUACUGGGAGUUACCAGUUUCAUCUCAGCAGUCAAUACAGAGUGCUCUAUUAGGAACUAUUCUUGUCACUGAAGGUUUUGACUACAUGCUCUUAUGGAACAAGAAUGAAAAUCACAAUUUUACUGGUGGAGGGCUCCUCUGGAUAUUCCUUGAAUGGACUGUUGCUCCAUUAAUCGCCUGUCUGUGCUCCUACUUUUUCUUCAAACUCUUGAGGGUGUUCCUACUUCGGCCUGAAGAUGCAGAGAAAAGGAUUCUCAUUUUCCUCCCUAUUGACUAUGGAAUAUCUGCCGGAUUACUUUGCAUCUUUGUCAUAUUUCAAAUCCAAGGAAAAUUUAUAUCUGUCAAUAAAUGGCUUGCUGUAGUUGCUGUUGCAGUUGCUACAUUGAUUGGAGCACUAUUGUCAUUGGUUGUGAUAGUUUCCUUGACCAUAAAGAAGUCCAAUGCUAUUCCAAAUUAUAAGUCCGAUAAGCCAAGCAGAUCGAUUGAUCAUCAAUGCAUUGAAAUUCAGGAUAAAACGAGUUCAACAAAAGAAGAUGAGAAGAAUCAUGAAGAUAUUGAAGAAAUGUUGAGGGAUUUUAUGCAGACGAGAGUUCUUGAAACAGUCUAUGAAGAGGAAGAGAGGAGUUGGGAAUCACCACCACCAGAUAAGAUCCAUGAUUCUCAACAGCAAAUUCAAGAUUUCCAACAGACUCAAUCAGUCUCUCAGAAAAGUUCUACAAAUCAAUUACCACCAUUCAAACAGUUGCUUGAGUCUACCCCAAAUAGGCUGGUUCAAACAAGGAAGUUUCAGAGGAUUGAUAAAAGAACACUAAUGUCCGAUUCCUCUACAUAUAUCAAAAGAUUUGCAAAAUCAAUUAUUCAUCCAGUUAUAGAGUAUGAUAGAAGAACUCUUGUUCGACAUGCUUUAGCUGAAAAAUACGAUGAAACGGAAAAUUACUUCAGCUUCCCGCACCUUCUUGCGUCAUGUAUCUUCGUGCUUCAAUCUGCUGGUGAGAUUGCUGCCGUUGCAAGUCCAUAUGCAGCUAUUCUCGAUGUGUUUGAACAUAAAAUUAAAUAUUUCCGGAAUGGGGAAGAUGUGGAGUCUGUACAUGCGACAUGGUGGUUUAGAGCGAUUAGUGGACUAGUUGCUGCAAUGGGAUUUUUCCUAUGUGGAUGGCGCUUGACUCGAUGUCUAGGUGGGAAGCUAACUUACAUGAGUAACUCAAGAGGGUUGGCUUCACAACUUUCCUCUGUGGCAGCAGUGAUGAUGGUUACUAGAAUGAAUCUUCCUGUUUCAAGUAUGCAUGCUUUUGUUGGAUCUCUUUUAGGAGUUGGAAUGGCAGAUGACAUUCGGAAUGUUAAUUGGAAACUUGUGCUCAAGUUCCUAUGUGGAUGGAUCCUGACAGUAAUAUUCUCUUGUGGGAUUGCUUACGUGAUCUUCUCUGCGUCUGUACACUCUCCAGGAUAUGUAGUGCCCUGA